AUGCCUGGCAAAACUUUAACACCUUAUGAACAGGUUCCAGUAACCAAGGCCGAUCUCGAUUGGGCAGAACUGGUUACGCUUGACUUGAGCCAAUUUGACAAGCCUGGUGGAAAGGAGAAGCUGGCCGAGCAGCUGACCUAUGCUGCUCAGCAUGUAGGCUUCUUCUACGUUCAGAACUUCGACAUCUCGCAGGAAGAAGUUGAUCGGCAGUUUGCUCUCGGGAGGGAGUUCUACUCUUUGCCAUUGGUGGAGAAGCUCAAGUAUCAUAAUCAACAGGACUUGGAGAGAGGAGAAUACAACGGAUACCGUCCGGCCGGAACAAGGCAGCUGACCGAGACCAUCAAGGAUAAUGUCCAAGUGUACAAUAUCCCGAAGUUCGACGGCUUCCACAAACGAGCACAACCCGCCGUGCUGCAAGAUCAUAUCGAAGAGAUUGAGACUUUCAGCCGGAAGUGUCAUGAGCACGUUGUUGUGAAGCUUUUGAAGCUGUUUGCGAUCAUGCUCGAACUCCCAGACGAGGAGCAGUUGGUCAAAGAUCAUGUGUACAACGAUCGAGGCGAGGAUCACCUCCGGUACAUGCACUACGAAGCUCGCACUCCAGAAGAGAAUAAGGCUGUCGGAGAACUAUACUCUGCCGGCCACACGGAUCUAGGAUCCAUCACUCUACUCUUCCGCCAGCCAGUCUGCGCGCUGCAGAUUCUAAACUCUCAAAACCAGUGGAAAUGGGUGAAACCACAAGACGYAACAAUUACCAUCAACAUCUGCGACGCCCUGGCGGCGUUGACGGGAGGGUAUUUGAAAUCAAGCGUUCACCGCGUUCACUCUCCACCAGACGACCAAGCCCACAUCGACCGGCUUGGCGUGCUCUAUUUCGCUCGUCCAAAUAACCACGUGUUACUUGACCCCAUCCGGAACAGUCCGCUGUUACAACGAAUGAAUUUGACCGAGAACGACUUCACCAAGCUCGGACAACGACUGACAAUGGAGGAGUGGGUGAAAGUACGCCAGAGUCAGCAGCAACGUCGGACAAAAGCGCCAAAGAUCGAGGGAACGAAGUACGAGUACAGCGAAAAGGAUCUGGAGGUUAUCCCUGGGCUACAAGCCAAAGUCUACAAUUAA